CAGAGAGAGAGAGAGAGAAGAGAUGGGGAAGAGCAAAGUCUUGAUAGUUGGCGGAACGGGGUACCUGGGGAAGAGAUUGGUGGACGCGAGCUUGAAGCUAGGGCACGAGACGCACGUCCUUCACAGGCCGGAGAUCGGGGUGGACAUAGAGAAAGUGCAGACGCUGCUGUCGUUCAAGGGGCGAGGGGCGAGGCUCGUCCCGGGCUCCUUCAGCGAUCACCGGAGCCUCGUUGACGCGGUGAAGCUGGUGGACGUGGUGGUGUGCGCGAUCUCCGGCGUCCACAUCAGGAGCCACCACAUCCUCCUUCAGCUCAAGCUCGUCGACGCCAUCAAAGAGGCCGGAAAUGUUGAGAGGUUCUUGCCCUCUGAAUUCGGAACCGACCCGGCGAGAAUGGAGAAUGCAAUGGAGCCUGGAAGGGUGGCAUUCGACGACAAAAUGGUGGUGAGGAGGGCGAUCGAGGAUGCCGGGAUACCGCACACGUACGUAUCGGCGAAUUGCUUUGCUGGCUACUUCCUCGGCGGUCUCUGCCAACCUGGGAAGAUCCUCCCAUCUACAGACUCUGUGCUGUUGUUAGGAGAUGGUGACAAGAAAGCGAUAUACGUCGACGAAGACGACAUCGCCAUGUACGCCAUGAAAAGCGUAGACGACCCUCGGACUCUCAACAAGACUGUGUACAUCAGGCCACCUAAGAACAUCCUGUCUCAGCUCGAAGUCGUCGGGAUCUGGGAGAAACUCAUCGGGAAAGAUCUGCAGAAGUCCUCCAUCUCAGCUCAAGAUUUCCUGGCUUCGAUGAAAGAGCAAAGCUACGCGGAACAAGUCGGGUUGACGCAUUACUACCAUGUGUGCUUCGAGGGAUGCCUUGCGAAUUUCGAGAUCGGAGAAGACGACGUCGAAGCUUCCGAGCUCUAUCCGGACAUAGACUAUGUCACGGUCGAAGAGUACUUGCGGCGCUACUUAUAGCAGGGACGAAUCCAUUGCUUCCAAACUCCUUAUCGGUCGUGCAAUAAUCAUGUUGAUCCAUGAUACUAUGUGUUAUUUUUUUUUUUUACGUGAAAACAAAAUGUAACG